GAGGUGUAGCCGGCAGCUAAGUCUGGCUCGUUACGCCGCUCAAGAGCUACUGCAGAGAACCGGUAUAACAAUCUCCACCCAGCGACCCGACCAGUACGACGCUGUCGAGCGACUCGUGCGCAAGACCGUCAUGUCCUGGGACGUCGGCAACAUACCCGCGCGCCGCCUGGAGCGUCACAUUAUCUCGGGCAUCCAGCUCGGCACGAUCGGCUAUGGCCACACACAUUUUGACACGCAGAUCCAGAUUGCGCUCUACACAGUGCUUGGGCUUUGCGUCGACGACUACGAGGUCGACAACGCGGCACUCUCGGAGUUCGUGCAGCGCCUCCAGAGCGGCCGGCCGCAGCUGCACCCCGUCCUCGACCUCUUCGCAGACAACCUCCGGCACAUGACGGACUUCUUCAACCUCUAUUCCGCCACGACAGUGGUCACAGACACGAUCAACUUCGUCAACUGCACGCUGUUCGAACGGCACCUCGAGGACAUGCGGCUGUGCCCUUCGGCCAGCCAGUAUCCCCUGUAUAAGCGCGCCCGGAACGGUCUCGGGGAGGUCUUUGCCGCAUUCAUCUGGGACAAGUUCAGUUUCCCGGAUGUUUCGACGCAUAUUCAGGCCAUUCCUCAUGCGUUUCCGUCACUGAUGCAUCUUACUCUCAGUGAUAUCCUCUCUUUCUACAAGGAAGAGUUGGCGGGCGACACGAAGAAUUUUAUCCAUGAUCGGGCGCGUGUCACCGGGAAGGAUACUCGCACCGUCGUCGUGGAGCUGCUCGAGGACGUCGUCGCUGCGGUGCACAGGGUGCGGGAGAUCCUGGAGGGGGAGAAGGAGCGUGAGGCAUGGGAGCGCUUCCUCUCGGGAUACAUCGCCUUCCACCUCCUGACGCCGCGCUACCAGCUAGCGACGCUUGUCGAGGGCGCCCAGACCGAUUAGCCCGACUUUGUCCCGGGUAACAGGACAAGGAUGUAUGUCAUGAUAAAUCACGCUUCUAGACUGUCUGGAGAUGCAUGGCUGUACCGCGA